AUGACCCCGCAGCAUCCUGUUCGUCACUGGAUGGCACUACCACCCUCCAUCCAGGACUUCAACAAAGCCCUUAAACGCAUGAGACCCGGCAAAGCCCCAGGACCCGACAACAUCCCACUGGAGCUUCUCACCCACAGUGGCCUCGAGAUGAGGAACCGUCUCAUGCUCCUUAUAUUGAAGAUUUGGGAGACAAAAACCCUCCCCAGAGACUUCCGCGAUAGAACGGUCGUGAUAAUAUUCAAAAUGGGAGACCGUAGAGAACCGGGAAUAUCACUGCUAAGCAUCGCCAGCAAGGUGUUCGCCCGCAUUCCCCUAGACCGUCUCCUCGUCCUCGCCGAAGAUGUCCUGCCAGAGUCCCAGUGUGGUUUUCGACCUUUCCGCUGGACCAUCGACAGAGAAGAGCCUCGAACAGCAACAGCCCGCAAUAUUCAUCUUUUGGGACCUAAAAAAGACCUUCGAUAA